AAUUUUUAUUGGAAGUAGUUCGUUAUUGUUUGUGAUGGAGAUAGUUACAUUUGGUAUUGGUAUCUCUAUUUGAAUUGGUAUUGCAUUUGGAGUACAAGAAAAAUCCAAAUGUGAUAGCUUCUUCUUCACUGAAUGUAUUCAAAGAGUGAUUUAUUGUCAUGACCAUGUCCCUUUUGUUCAUCUUUCUACUAUUCAAUAGAGGUGAGAUUAUAGAAUAUGUUGAUUUCUACUUGUCAUUUUAAUCAUUCCAGCUAAGGGAAAGAGAUGUUCUGAUGGUUAACACUGCAUAUUGAGUAAUUAUAAUACCUUAUAAAUCCGAGUUUCAUGAUUUGUUUGUAAUAUAACAAGGAUUUACAAGAGUUUAUAAGAGAAGCUUGUUAUACAAGAGUUCUUCAUCAGAUUGUUACUUAGCAUCAACAUUUCUGUUACUGAUUUUUCCAGGAGCAGCUGCAACAUGAAGAAGAAGACGAGCAUGUGAAAGUUGUGGCAAAAUCAAUGAGAUAAGAUAAUUUAUAAGCCUUUAUUAGCUUCCCCUGUAGUUUUUUAUAGUGGUUUAUAAAAUUGAGAAAGGUAAAGAUGUAUACUUAGCAUCAGCAUUUCUGUUACUGAUUUUUUCAGGAGCCGCUGCAACAUGAAGAAGAAGACGAGCAUGUGAAAGCUUGUGGUGAAGUCAAUGAGCCGCAACAUGAAGAAAACGAGCAUGUGGAAGCUGAUGGUGAAGUCAAUGAGACUAAUUCCAACAAUGUUGAAGUUGAUGCUGAAGUCAAGAAGCCCGAACAAGUUAAAGGAAAAACGAGGAAGAGGGAAAAAGGAACAAGAAGAAGAUGAAAUGCAGAAGGAAGUUGAGGUCCAGAAGCCUGUUCAAAAGAACAAGAAGAAGCUGAUGUUGAAGUCGAGAAGCCUCUGCAAAAGCCAAAACAUGGAUCUGAAACUAUACAAGUGGAUCAGAAAUGCAAACUGCUGGACAUUGGUGGAAAGAAACAUGUAGUUGCCGAAGGACGGGUGCAUUCAACAGACCCAAAUCAAAAUGUCCACUUUGUACGAUUGGGUCCGAAUGCAGCUAGAGUGUGGGUUGAUGCAGUGAUGGUAGAUGAUGCCGUCUUUUGGAGGAAGUCUGAAGAAAUCGAGACAUUGAAAGAUGCAUGUGGUUCAUCAAUUGGCAUUAACUCUCUGUGUGCCUAACUAGCUCUCCUGGAUCCCUGUCUAUCCUCCUGAAUAACUUAUCAUUACGUGUUUUUCAUAUGUACUAGAUAAUCUAUGGAUAUGGGUCCCUAUCAUUUUCUGGCUCCAGUAUGCUAUUUUCUUCCAAAAUAAAUAAUCCAUAUUACUGUAUAUACUCGUAGAAGAAAAAGUUUGGGGACUGGAUGGUUGAUGAUAAUGUACAUAUUUGAAGGAAAAAUAAGACGUUUUAAAAUGGUCAUUGAGAUAAAUUGUAUAUACGGCGAGACAU